AUGGCAGAUUUAGACUCUACCAACGACGCCCCAAUCAGUGACACCGCCACCACCAUGGUCAUCGUACAUGUCCCACCGGCUACGCCAGAGUUUCAUCCGGCUCUUGCUGUCACUAACAUAAAAAACAACAUCCCUUUCAAACUCGAGAUGGACAAGGAUCACUACACUAUGUGGGCUGAAUUGUUUGAAACUCAUGCCCACUCUACUCGAGUGCUCCACCACAUCAUUCCUCAGGCUGGCAAGGAGCCUCCUGCUCCCAUCGAUGCUACUUAUGACCAGUGGACCACCCUUGACUCCAAUGUCAAACAGUGGAUCUAUUCCACCAUCCCCUUCGAUCUUCUCGCCACUAUUAUGGAGAAAGACUCUACUGCUAUGGCUACUUGGAACCGUCUAGCUUCUAUGUUUGAGGACAAUCAGAACUCCCAUGCAUUCUCUCUCGACCAGGAUUUCACCUCCACUUGCAUGGAUGAUUUUCCUAAUGUAUCAGCCUACUGCCAGCAUCUGAAAGAUCUCUAUGAUCAGUUGAGGAAUGUUUAA